GUCUAGGUCUAGCCGUCUCCAACCUCAGCUCGCUCGCACGGCACCUCCCCCCAAGUCCCAACCAACCCUCUCCCGUCCGGCCGCGCCGCGACCCAAUCCAGAUCGAUCCCCACGCAUCGUCUCAGCUCGAUCCAUCCAUCCAUGGCCUCGGACCAGACCCUCCCACUCCCCGCCCCGUCCAACCCUAACCAGAUCCACACCCCGACCGCACCGCUCCCGCUCCCGGGAGACGACUCCACGACCCCGCCCCCGCCCCCCACCGCCUCCACCGCCGCGCGGAAGCUGCCCAUCAAGCGCCGCUCCCCGCCGCGCCCCUCCGCCUCCCCGACCUCCUCCUCCGGCGCCAACCCCGCCUUCAAGUUCCAGCGCAUCUGGUCCGAGACCGACGAGCUGCGCUUCCUGCAGGGCCUGCUCGGCUGCGGCGCGCAGGGCCAGGGCCUCGCCUUCCCGCGCGACCUCAACGUCUUCUACGACCAGUUCUCCGAGUCCAUGCCGCAGCCCUACACCCGCUCCCAGCUCUCCGAGAAGCUGCGCCGCCUCAAGAACAAGCACCGCGCCGUCGCCGCCCGCGUCGCCAACGGCCUCGACCCCGCCCGCCUCGCACCGCACGACCGCGACGUGCUCCACCUCUGCUCCCGCCUCUGGGACCCCGCCUACGCCGCAAACUCCCCCUUCGCCGGCCCCGACAGCGCCAACAAGCGACGCCGCGCCAACCCGGCCCCCUCCGGGCUCGCGCCGCUCCCGGCCCCCUCCGGGGAUAGUAGCUACAACGGGGGGAUUACCUCCUCCGCCGCCGCUCCCUUCCCGGAGGAGGACGGCAUGUACCUCGAGCAGGAGAGCGGCCACAACAACCUUCCCUAUUUUGACCACCAAGCUGCUCCUCUUGCAGCUGACCCCAGCCUCGAUGGGGUUGCCAUGUCUCAACCCGGCGAGACCGUCGCUGCUUUUACAGACAAUCAAGCCGUUCCUGCUUUCACCAACAUCGCACACAAUGGACCUGCAACCGUUGCCCCAAAUACUUUUGCAAACAACAACCACAACAUGGUUGCAGACAACAAAAACUGCAAGGUAGUGCCGCCACGCAGCAACGACCACCGCGUGGCGAGCGCCGUGCUGGAUAUCUUCGAGGAGUGUAUGAGGGAGGCCAAGGCCGAAGGAGCAACCUGCGAUGCAAACGCAGAGGAAACCGAACUUGCCAAGCGGUGGAGGCAGCAGAGGAUUGACGAGCUCGAUGUGUUGAGCCGGAGGCUCAGGUUGAUCAUCGAGGAUGCUACUACCGCGGCAGGGCACUGAAGUGGGUGAGAUCUCUCUAUUUCAGCGACAUGCUUCCGCCCUCUGCCGCUAUGUAUAGAAAGCUAUCGUACCGUGCUAUGCUUCUGUAGCUCAUUGCUCAGCUUGAGCCCAGCUUUAGCCCGCCUAUCAUGAUUUAUGCCUAUGUAACGUCACUACGGAUAUUGUUGUUUCGUUCAAAUAAUUUAAUUAUCUUGUCAUCGCAAUAA